GGGCGAGAUGACGAUUCACCUAACUAUAAUAGCAUUCUAGAUCUCGUUGGGAAAGACAAAAAAACAUAACAAAACAAUAGCAUAGCCAAAUCGAAAGCAGCAGGCAGGAAUAGCAUAUAUGGGUGAAGGAGGAAGCAGCAUCGCCUCCUUAAACAAAUGGUCUCUCGACGGAAUGACUGCUCUCGUCACCGGCGGGACCAAAGGGAUUGGAGCCGCCAUAGUGGAGGAAUUGGCAAAGCUAGGGGCGACCGUUCACACUUGCUCCCGCAGCCAGGAGGAGCUCAAUCAACGCAUCAACGGCUGGAGAGAAAAGGGUUUCGACAAAAUCACCGGUUCCGUCUGCGACGUUUCCUCUCGAGCUCAACGGGAGAAGCUCAUGGACGCUGUCUCUUCUCUCUUCUCCGGCAGCCUUAACAUACUUGUGAACAAUGCUGCAAGAGGGCUUUAUAAGCCAACCACAGAAGUCACAGCAGAGGAGCUGUCGAGUGUGUGGGAAACCAAUUUCGAGUCCGGUUUCCAUUUGUGCCAGCUCGCACAUCCUCUCCUCAAAUCUUCUGGGUCCGGAAGCAUCGUGUUCAUUUCUUCCGUCGGCGGUUCGACAUCUUUGCCCUGCCUCUCAGCUUACAACGCAUCCAAAGUUGAUUCGAAGCUUAACAUUUGGUGCGUGGAGAAUGUAGGAGCAAUCGACCAGCUGACGAGGAAUUUGGCAUGUGAAUGGGCCAAGGACAACAUAAGGACCAACUCUGUCGCGCCGUGGUACACUAGGACUCCAAUGGUCGCAGAGGCUUUUGAAAAUGAAGCGUUUCUGGCAGCAGUGGUGAAUCGGACUCCCCUGCGUCGGAUCGCAGAGCCAGAGGAGGUGUCGCCAUUGGUGGCCUUCUUGUGCAUGCCGGCUGCCUGUUAUAUUACAGGUCAAGUCAUUUUUGUUGAUGGAGGACUCACUGUCAAUGGUUUUAGCAUGUGAACUACUUACUCCACCCCCCACCGUUAUCCACUUUUGCAUGCUUGUUAGAAGAAAUGCUGGUGGCUGUCUGUUUGAUUUUACAGUACUUCUCAGUACCUUGUUGAAUCCACCAACUGAAUUUUAUGGUCUUGUUAUCUGUUUUUGGUAAUAUACAAUUUUAUGUGUCUACUAGAUGGGAAUUACGGGGUAACAAUCCUCUACCUUCUCGAAU